ACGAUGGGUGGAUUCGGGAUGGAUCGGGACGAUGGACGACGACGACAAAGGAUCGGAUGGAUGGAUGGAUCGACGACGAUCGGAAUGGAUAGUUCCGGGACAGGUCGAGAUGGAGAUGGACAGCUGACAUAUGUUGAAAGCUGUGAUUGAACAAAUUCUGGACUGGACAUGGACUGGAAUGGGCAGGCCGAUCAGGAUGAAUGGAUCGGGACGAGACGACGACGACGACAAACAAUAAGGAUGGGUGGAUGGAUUUGGACGAUCGAAAGGGAUUUGGGACAAAACGACGACGACAAAGGAUGAACAAAUUCGGGGCGGAUCGGGAGUAAGUGAAUCCAUCUUGCUCCUUCUUGUGAGUGUAGCGUCCCCAUUACGUUUACCUGGCUUGAACUGAACUGGUUUGCUUGAAUCUGUCACUGUCCAAUUUCUGAACCGGGUUCAAAGUAGCAGGCAAGGGCUGCAUUUUCGGAUUCACUGCUACCCCCCUGAGUUGAUUUGUUUGGAAACAAACAAAUCUUGUACCGUACUCAGAGGCAGUGAAACUGAUUAAUCUCUUAAUGGGAAAUGCGAACUCCUGCGAAAAAAGAACAAGGAGACUGGAAAUAGCGUCAAACAGACGAGGCUUAUCGGACGGUUCUUGUCACAUAGGUAAACUGUAAUGGGUGAUGCUGCACAGUUCUAACGGUACAGAACAUCACUUGAAGUUGCAUGAAUGGAUUCGAUCGAUGGAUGGAUGGACGAGGCAACAACGACGACGAACGAUUAGGAUGGAUGGAUGGAAGGAUCGAUCGAGAGAGAUGAUGGCUUCGGGAUGGAUCGGAACGAUGGACGACGACGACGAUGGGUCGGAUGGGUGAAUGGAUCUACGACGAUCGGGAUGGACUGAUCAAGCAAACAAUAAAGGAUGGAUGGUAGGAAGGAAGGAUGGAUGGAAAUAAGACAGGAUAUAAUCCAAACUUAUGCUGAAAACUGUUUUGCAACAAUAUGGUGGAGGGAUCAGGACGUUCGGGAUGGAUGGCUUCGGGAUGGAUCGGGACGAUGGACGACGACGACUUUCUAAUUUUUUAUUUUCUGUUUUGAUCAUUUUUUUUUUCGAUUUAAUAAAAGUGAACGAAUUUAA